AUGCCAAAGGUAGCAGUUACACUUGCCUCCAGCCAUGAGAUGCCUCUGGUAGGCUUCGGGCUCUGGAAGGUGCCCAAGGAGACCGCUGCAGAGACAGUCUACAAUGCCAUCAAGGCGGGAUACAGACUGUUCGACGGCGCUUAUGACUAUCAAAACGAGAAGGAAGCCGGGGAUGGCAUCCGCAGAGCUAUCGAUGAAGGCCUGGUCAAACGCGAAGACAUCUUUGUGACCACCAAGCUAUGGAACAACUACCACCAACGAGAGCAUGCGGUGCCGAUGGCGAAGGCCCAGAAUGAAGCUUGGGGCCUGGAAUACAUUGAUCUCUUCCUCAUCCACUUUCCAUGUGCUCUGGAGUAUAUCGACCCGGAGGUCCGGAGAUAUCCUGCCUGGUGGAUGGACGACGAAGGCACCGUCAAGCCUGCUAAGAUUCCCAUUCGGGAGACAUGGGAAAGCAUGGAGCAACUCGUGGACGACGGCAUAGUCCGCAGUAUCGGCGUCAGCAACUUCCAGGCCCAGAUGCUCUACGAUAUCAUGACAUAUGCGAAGCAUCCCAUCUCUGCUCUUCAAGUCGAGCACCACCCAUUCCUGGUCCAGCGGGAAUUAGUUCAGAUGGCGAAUGAGAAUGGCAUCGCUGUAACCGCAUACUCGUCCUUCGGACCUCAGUCUUUCCUUGAGCUGCCCCCAGCGUUCUCGAAGAGGGCGAAGGACAUCCCGUUACUGUUUGAUGCUGAGCCUGUCAAGGCGGCGGCGGCAAAACAUGGUAUUACUCCCGCUCAAGUUCUUCUGCGGUGGUCAACACAGAGGAAUAUCGCCGUCAUCCCGAAGUCCAAUAAUCCCACUCGCUUAGCACAGAAUCUCAGCGUGUUGGAUUUUGAUUUGACAUGUUCGGAAUUGCAGUCUAUAUCUGCGUUGGACAAGGGAUUGCGAUUUAAUGAUCCUGGGUUCUACCUGCCCAACCAUCCACUUCAUAUAUUUGCUUAA